AUGCUGCGCUACCUGCUCAAAACGCUACUGCAGCUGAACUUGUUUGCGGACUCGCUGUCCGCCGACGUCUCCAACUCCAGCGAGCUGCUCUUGGGCGGCUUCAACUCCUCGCAGGUGGCCCUCAACCACAGCCUGCUGCCUUCGGGCGACCCUCCUCUCAACGGAACAAGAUUGGACCCGGAGGACGCCAUGCCGCGCAUUGUGGAGCAGCCACCGGAUCUGCUGGUGUCCCGCGGCGAGCCGGCCACGCUACCCUGUCGCGCCGAGGGCCGCCCGCGCCCCCAUAUCGAGUGGUACAAGAACGGGGCACGAGUGGCCACAGCGCGCGAGGACCCGCGCGCGCACCGCUUGCUGCUGCCCAGCGGUGCCCUCUUCUUCCCGCGCAUCGUGCACGGACGCCGCGCGCGGCCCGACGAGGGCGUCUACACCUGCGUGGCGCGCAAUUACCUGGGGGCAGCGGCCAGCAGAAACGCCUCUCUCGAAGUGGCAGUCCUCCGCGACGAUUUCCGACAGUCUCCGGGAAACGUGGUGGUGGCCAUCGGGGAGCCAGCGGUAAUGGAAUGCGUCCCUCCUCGAGGCCACCCGGAGCCUUCUGUGACCUGGAAGAGGGACGGCACAAGACUUAGAGAGGAGGAGGGCAGAAUCACGAUCCGCGGAGGGAAGCUGAUGAUGUCACAUACACUCAAGAGCGAUGCGGGGAUGUAUGUGUGUGUGGCCUCCAACAUGGCAGGAGAGCGCGAGAGUGGGGCUGCUGAACUUGUGGUACUGGAGCGUCCCUCAUUCCUGCGCAGACCAGUGAAUCAGGUGGUCCUGGCUGAUGCCCCUGUGACUUUCCUAUGUGAGGUGCAGGGGGACCCCCAGCCUCACCUCCGCUGGCGCAAGGAGGAUGGGGAACUGCCCACAGGCAGGUAUGAGAUCCGGAGUGACUCCAGCCUUUGGAUCGGGCGCACGAGUGCUGAGGAUGAAGGUACUUACACCUGUGUGGCUGAGAACAGCGUGGGCCGAGUGGAAGCUUCCGGCUCCCUCAGCGUUCACGUCCCACCCCAGUUGGUGACCCAGCCCCAGGAUCAGAGGGUGGCUCUUGGAGACAACGUGACUUUCCAGUGUGAGACCAGAGGAAACCCCCCACCUGCUGUCUUCUGGCAGAAGGAGGGGAGUCAGGUCCUGCUCUUCCCCAGCCAGUCACUUCAGCCAAGGGGGCGCUUCUCUGUCUCUCCAGGAGGCCAGCUCAACAUCACUGAAGUGCAGAGUGGCGAUGCUGGUUAUUACGUGUGCCAGGCUGUCAGUGUGGCUGGCAGCAUUGUGGCCAAGGCCCUCCUGCAGAUUAAAGGAGCCUCCCAGGGCAGGCUGCCUCCCAUCAUCCUUCAAGGACCAGCCAACCAGACACUGGCACUUGGCACUUCUGUGUGGCUGCCAUGCAGAGUGACUGGGAGCCCUCAGCCCAGUAUCCGGUGGAAGAAGGAUGGGCAGUGGCUGCAGAGAAAUGACCUCCAGCUCAACCUUUUGGCCAAUGGCUCUUUGUACAUUGCCAACUUGCAGGAGAUGGACACAGGUUUCUACAGUUGUGUGGCCAAGAGCUCCAUAGGGGAGGCCACGUGGAGUGGCUGGCUUAGGAAGCGGGAAGACUGGGGAGUGUCCCCGGAUCCCCCUGUAGAACCCAGUAUUCCUCCGGGACCUCCCUCACAGCCAGUGGUCACUGAGAUCACCAAGAACAGCAUCACCCUGACUUGGAAGCACAGCCAGCAGGCUGGGGCUACAGCCACCUCUUACAUGAUAGAGGCCUUCAGCCAAGCAGCUGGCAGCACAUGGCGGACAGUGGCAGAGGGUGUGCAGCUGGAGACGCACACUGUCGGAGGCUUGAAGCCCAAUACCAUCUACCUGUUUCUAGUGCGAGCCGUGGGGGCCUGGGGCCUCAGCGAUCCCAGCCCUGUCUCUGAGCCAGUGCGCACCCAAGACAGCAGCCUGUCAGAGCCAGGGGAGGACCCCUGGGGAGGUCAGCAGGGGCUGGCUGAAGUGGCUGUGCAUAUGCAGGAGCCCAUAGUUCUGGAGCCGCGGACCCUGCAGGUGUCCUGGACUGUGGAUGGCUCAGUCCAGCUGGUGCAAGGGUUCCGAGUGUCUUGGAGGGUAGCAGACCCUGAUGGGGGAAGCUGGACCGUGCUGGACCUACAGUCCUCGAGCCAGCAAAGUGCAGUGUUGAGAGGACUGCCCCCAGGUUCCCACAUCCAGGUCAAGGUGCAAGCCCAAGGCCUGGAGGGGCUGGGCCCUGAGAGUCCCUCUGUGACAAAGCGCAUUCCUGAGGAGGCCCCCAGUGGUCCCCCCCAGGGAGUGGCAGUGGCCUUGGGGGGUGAUGGCAACAGCAGUGUCACUGUGUCCUGGGAACCUCCACUCCCCUCCCAGCAAAAUGGGGUCAUCACAGAAUACCAGAUCUGGUGCCUGGGCAACGACAGCCGCUUCCACCUGAACCGGUCUGCCGCAGGCUGGGCGCGCUCGGUGACGCUCCGAGGAUUGCGGCCCGGGCUCCUCUACCGGACUCGGGUCGCGGCGGCCACCAGCGCCGGCGUAGGCGUGGCCAGCGCCCCGGUGUCGGUGCAGCUGCCGUCCCCGCCGGGACUGGAGCCGGGACUCGAGGUGGGCUCAGGGCUGGCCCAACGGCUGGCCAAGGUGCUGCGGGAGCCGGCCUUUCUGGCGGGCGGUGGCGCGGCCUGCGGGGCGCUGCUGCUCGGCCUCUGCGCCGCCCUCUACCGGCGCCGGAAGCAGCGCAAAGAGCUCAGUCACUACACGGCCUCCUUUGCCUUCACACCUGCAGUGUCCUUCCCACACUCAGAGGGCCUCUCUGGAGCCAGUUCCAGGCCACCCGUGGGACUUGGGCCUGCCUCCUAUCCGUGGCUGGCCGACUCAUGGCCUCACCCAUCACGAAGCCCCUCAGCCCAGGAACCCCGGGGAGGCAGCUGCCCAGACCCAGAAGACAGAUACUACAAUGAAGCAGGAAUCUCCCUGUACCUGGCCCAGACGGCUCGGGGCACCGGCACCACUGCUGGCGAGGGGCCUGUCUACAGUACCAUUGACCCAGCUGGGGAGGAGUUACAGACCUUCCACGGAGGCUUCCCCCAGCAUCCCUCAGGGGAUCCAGGCACCUGGAGCCAGUAUGCACCCCCAGAAUGGAGUCAGGGCGACAGUGGAGCCAGGGGAGGCAAAGUGAAGCUUCUACCAAGACCAGUGCAGGUGCCCUCCCUGAACUGGCCUGAAGCCCUGCCUCCACCUCCCCCUUCCUGUGACCUGGGCUGCCCAGAGGAGCCUGAGGAGGGGCUGGACGGGUAAGGCUCAGAGCCAGAAGAGUGGGGCCCACCUAUGCCCGAGAGAAGUCACCUGGCUGAGCCCAGCGCCAGUGAAGGGUGCCUGGUUGCUCCAUCCCGAGGAGAAACCCCCUCUCCCACACCCUCCUUCGGAGAGCACUCCACAGCCACCCUCACCCCCUCACCUCCAGACCCGCCCCAGCCCCCCACUGACAUUCCCCACCUUCAUCAGAUGCCAAGGAGGGUGCCGCUGGGGCCCAGUUCCCCUCUCAGCGUAUCCCAGCCGGCUCUGAGCAGCCAUGAAGGGAGGCCUGCUGGCCUGGGACCUGGCCCCACGGCCUCCCACCACCUCAGCCCCAGCCCUGCCCCGAGCACAGCCAGCAGUGCCCCAGGGAGAAGCCGGCAGGUGCCUGGGGAGAAAACGCCCCCAGUUCAAGGAUCCCGUGCCCGGAUCCGGAAGAAGUUCAAGGCUCUUCCCUACAGGAGAGAGCACAGUCCUGGGGACCUGCCCCCACCGCCCCUGCCACCCCCAGAGGGGGAGUCAAGCUGGGCCCUAGGUCUGAGAGCAAUGGACAGCACAUCCUCCCUGGAGCUGGAGCGCAGUGGAGAGAGGAGAACAGCACAGGUGGUGCCCCUGGCAGCACAGCGGGGGCCUCACCUGGAUGAUGAGGCCUGGCUCCCAUACAGCAGACCGAGCUUCCUGUCCCGGGGCCAGGGUACCAGCACCUGUUCCACAGCCGGCAGCACCUCUUCCCGGGGCUCCAACAGCUCUCGGGGCUCCCGCGGCCCUGGCCGGAGCCGCAGCCACAGCCGCAGCCAGAAUCAAAGACCGGGACAGAAACGCCGAGAGGUGGGGGUGCUGGAGACCCCAGGCCAGGGAGAGCAGUGA